GCCCUCGACUCGCCUCGCCGCAGGGGGUCACGGUCACGCCGCCUCCCUCCGCUGCCGGCCUGCUCAGCCUCCCUCCGCCGGUCCUUUCCCACGGUCCACACGCGAUCAAAAGCGCAAAAGCCAACCCCGACGAAACGACGAGACGGAUACGAGUGAUAGACUGAUAGCUAACGCUACCCACAGCAGCAACUAUACCAGCCAGCGGACCCCGACGCCGCCCCAAGCCCCCAGCAGGCUGCAGCCCCUGCGACAUAGUGGGGGAGCGGGUCUUCUUGAGCGGCGUCGCUCUCACGUACGGCGUCGGGUACUCGUCGCGGCGGCAGGGAGCUAGGGGCAGGCAUGCGCUGAUGGAAUUCAGGGGCCAGGAGGAGGAGGAGCAGCCCGUCUCGGAGGAGAUGGGCGCCAGCUCCGCGCCGUCGUCCGCCCCCACCCCCGCCCCGGGGAACCAGGACCACGCCGCCGAGGCGAGGUACCACGAGUGCCUGCGGAACCACGCGGCGGCGCUGGGCGGCCACGUCGUCGACGGCUGCGGGGAGUUCAUGCCCGGGGACGGCGACAGUCUCAAGUGCGCCGCAUGCGGCUGCCACCGCAGCUUCCACCGCAAGGACGACGCGCGCCGCCGCCACCACCAACUCAUGCUCCCGGCGACCGCGACGUCCUCUCGCGUCCCGCUGCUCCUGCCUCCGCCCCACCCGCACUACGCGCCGCCGCCGUUCCCGUACCACGGCACGCCCAGCGGCGGCGGCGGCGGCACCGCCACCGAGUCGUCCAGCGAGGAGCGCGGCCCGCCGUCCGGGGCCGCCGCCGUGCAGGCGCAGGGCCACGUCCGGCGGAAGCGGUUCCGGACCAAGUUCACGCCGGAGCAGAAGGAGCAGAUGCUGGCGUUCGCGGAGCGCCUCGGCUGGCGGUUGCAGAAGCAGGACGACGCGCUGGUGCAGCACUUCUGCGACCAGGUCGGCGUGCGCCGCCAGGUAUUCAAGGUCUGGAUGCACAACAACAAGCACACCGGCAGGAGGCAGCAGCCGCACCUGCCGCCGCCGCAGGGGCAGCAACAGCCCCAACAGCAGCCGAAGUAGCCACGGUGGGAGACAAGGCUCAGCAGUCAGCAGCACCAUCACAGCCACGCCACCAUUUGCUUAAUCCCCCGCCUCAUUUUUUUAUGGGCUCCGAGAGGUGUGGGAUUAAACAAGGGAAGUGAAGGAGGGCUCCUAUCCUCUCUUCCCUUCCGUUUUUGGGUUUCACCUUAUCCUUCAUUUUUUGUAGUCACUUCUUUCACCAUUGUCUUUUGCCUCACCAUUCUUGUCUGCACAUCUUUGAUUUCUUCUGUUCCUAGUUCGGGGGAUCAAUUGGAAGGAGGAAGAGGCACUGUGCAUGCUUCGUAGCUACAUUCCUGCUACCUUGUUGCCAUUUGACCCCCCCUCGGACAGCAAGAUUAACCAAUCUAAUAAGAUCUCUCUACUUUGCUCU